AUGUUAGAUGAACUAUAUAAAGCAGAACGUGAAGAUAUGGAAAAGAAACUUCAAGCAAAAGAUGAAGUCAUUGAAUCCAAAGACAAAAGCAUACAGAAAAGAAUACCACGUUCAGUACCAAAAGGAAAGGAAAAGAACUAUAAGUAUAUGAUUUACGCUGAAGAGUUGGAGAAAGAAGAAGAUAGAGAUAUGGUUAUGUUGCAUUUAGUGAGAAGAAACAACAAGAGCUUUUAUGACUUAGCUAAGAUAUAUAAAUCUGACAGAAACUGGUUCUAUCGUGAAAACUUACCGAUCUCAAUGACACCGAAUGAGCAAAUAAAGGAAAUUGUCAAAAAUACUCUUCCUCAAACACACUAUGACAUCAAAGGUUGCACAAUACUUACAUUCAAAGAAGACUUAACAUUACUGAAAGAAAAGAUAACAGAAUAUUUCGACAACUUCAAGAGGAAGAAUGA